GCUUGUUCAAAAUUAUUUUCAUCCAAGUAUCUCCUCUCAUUUAACGAUGGAAUAGUGAAGAGACUUGAUCUUUCCAAGCGUUUCCAUUAUUUAAUAAAUUUCAAUAUUUUUUUUUUUCCUCUUCUCUUCUCUAAUUAAGUGUUUAUACAUUGAAAUUUUGUUUUUAUAAAUAAAAAAAAAAAUGAACGAAUUAGCGAAAUAUUCGUUGAAAGAAGUUGCGACACGAGAUGGAAAAGAAGAAACGAGAGUGUGGAUCGUUAUUUACGAUAUGGUUUACGAUGUGACGGAUUAUAAGGAUAAGCAUCCUGGUGGUCCAGAAUUAAUCGAGGAAUAUGCAGGACAAGAUGCAACACGUGGAUUUGACGAGUUUGGUCACAGUGCAGAUGCAAAACGUAUAUUGAAGAAGUAUCUUGUGGGUGAAUUAGUGGAGGAAGACAAAAUAAGGAAUAGGAGAAAAAAGAAUGGAAUUUCUAUUAAUAUAGAGGAAAAAAGUAGAAGAAGAAGCAGGUUUCUAUCAAUAUUAUGUGGCAAAUGUGCAACCUGACAAAGGAACGAUUUUAAGUUAACAAAUUAUGUGUGUAAAUAAUAUAUUAAUUUAUUUUAUUUUAUUUUAUAUUAUCCGUAUACACAGAUAUAGAGCUAAUUAGAAAGUUUAAUGUAAAAUAAGAAUAAUUAUUUUUAUUAUCACGUAUAAGUUUAUUUUUUUAAAAAAUCGCGUCUUAAAACUUUUAUUUUAUAUAGAAAUCGGAAAUACUCAUGAAACGUUGGCCGCGUUCCUAAAUGUAUACGAAUAAAAAAUAUGAAUCAAGCAAUGAAUCUUCACGAA